GGGGGAAGAAAAGGAAAGAUUUCUCGCCUGUCUCUGUAUUCCAGGGUGAACUUUAAGAAACUGAGGCCGCGCGUCACAGUUCUGAAGCAAUCGAAGGUUAUAGAGGAGCUUCAGAACAUAGCCACUGCCGAGCCACCGUUGGUCGAGCAGUUGAGGCGCACCUCGGUGUUCCUUCAGAAACCGGAGCGGCCGAUCCCGACACCCCGCAAGAAGGAGGGGGAGCAAGAGAAAGAGACGGAGUCGUACAAAGUUGUGAUAAAGAAGCAGAAAAGGAGAACCGUGACCGACCGGCUGCUAGAGAGGGGCUUGCUGAAACCGGAGGGCGGAAGCACCCCGGAGCCCUUCACUCCCGAGGCGACACCAUCGGCCACUCCGGAGCCGGGCUACAGAUCGGAUCGAGAACCUGAAUCGCGGCCGGAAUCGAAGGCCGAAUCGAAGCGUUCGGAGGAGGAGAGCGAGGCCGAGCGCGCACAAGCGGGGGAGACGGUUGUAUCGGCGUUGAACGAAGUCGAGGAGAAGGUUGAGGAGGUUCGCGCCCGCGAGGAGGAGGAGGAGGAGGAGAAGGAAGGGGCUAAGGGGCGGGAGGAGGAGAGAACGACGCACGAGAGCGUUUUGAACGAGAUCGAGAAGGAGAUGGCGAACGUUGCGGCGAAGGUCGACAAAGAGAGGAUCAAGGAGUUGGUCACAACGGAGAUUAAUCUGGAGAAGCAACUGGAGAACGUUCAACGGCAGUUGCUGUCGUUGAAGCAGCUUCCGAGCGAGAUCGAGAAUCACCUGAGAAUCGUGUCCGAGCAAUUGCAGAAGAUCAUGGAGUUGAGCGGUGUCCAAAACGGCGCCACCGUUAACGCUGAGAAGGAGGAGGAGGAGGAGGAGGAGGAACGGCGAGAGCCGGAAGAGCGAGCGAAAGAGUCGGAGGAAGAGCGCGCGGAGGAGGCGGAGGAAACGGAGGAGCAGGACGUGACGGAGUACACGGAGGAUAUCUCGUACUCCGCCUAUUCGGACGAGCAUCUGAGGAUCGUUCAGCCUAGCGAGGAUGAGGGGGAGGAAGAGACCGAGACGCAGGAGCUGGAAGGGACGCUAUCGGUGAAGAGCGAGGAGGGAAGCAGGGUGAAGAAAUUCGUCGUCUCGUACGAGACCAAGGUUCUGAAAUCGCCGAGCCCCGCACCAUCUCACGGCAGUUUCGAACCAGAUCCAAAUCUAUCGGCAAAAGACCAAGUUAUUCAGGAGUUGCAGGAGAGAGUGAAGCAACGAGGGAGGAAACGUUCGCAAGAUCUCUGGCCCCAGGCUAAGCAAGUCGAACUUACGCUUGGCCGCAGAUGGAGGUGUCCGAAUGAUUUCUUCAAUGACGAAAUGAUUGCCGAGGUUUUAUCUUCCCAGGCGGAAGUGAUUCGAGGCAGAGCCUUGGGAGUAAACUUUAAGAAAUACGAAAAGACCAAUCUACCGAACUUCGAUCACUUGAUGAACUCGAGCGUCUAUAAGAUGAUUCAUAAAAUGGAGAAAGAGCCGAAGAGAGGAAUUCCAGCUAGGCCUGCCAAAGUGAACGCCGCGGAGGACAUAAUCGAGAGGGUCGUGAGUAUAUUCGAUAUACAGGAUCCGAAGAAUUUUCUUCUUCAUUUUUUUUUUUUCCUUUCAAAUUCUCGCGAAAGCUCGAAGCGUUUUGAAAUCGUCCCCUCGUUUCUUUCGUUUCAGAAAUCUCCAGCGUUCAGUAUCGCGGACGACAGAAGUACUCGGAGCGUCAGCCACUGAACCAUUGCGAAGAAAGGAUAGAAUUCUUUUUUACAGGAUGACGAAGAAUGAAAAUCGGAUCGACUCGUCGACGAGAAAUGAGAAAAAUUGAAGAAGAAAAGAAAAAAGCAAAUAAUGCGAAUACGUGCGCUAUGCCAAGAGUGUAUAUAAAACCACAAAACUAAUCGACUACAAUCAAGUACGUGUGCGUGUCUAUACGUGUGUCUUCACGAAAAAGCACGAAAAAAGCAAUGUCAAGAAACGUUAUACGAAUUAAGCGUUAAAUAAAAGGAUUGAUUUUUUUUUUUC